GACUGAGCCAUUGCAUCUGGGCGAGCGGCUCUUUUCCUUCCUCGGGUCUUUGUCUCCUCCUCCUGCCAGGCUUCUGCGCCUGGAGCAGGGUCUGCAGCAGCCGCCGCAGCAACGCCAGCCAAGUCGUGCCCCGCACGGCCGCCGGUGGCCGCACCCUAGCUCGGUGGCGGCGCCCGAAGACGCCAGCCGCGCCACGCACCGCCUGCGUCCCGCGACCCAGCCGCGGCGCACCGACGCCGUCGCCGCUGUGGCUGGGGAGCAGAGAACGCCUGGCCCGACAGGUCCCAGGUGGACCGCCCGGCUUGCAGAGGGUUGGAGGUGGCGGCCUCUGCAGCUCUGGCAGCGCGCACACCCCUAGGCAUACAAACCCAACGCCUCCUCCCUGCGCCACGAGGAUGGAGCAGCCACCCCGGUCCCGGACUGGCGCAAGGUGCCCAACCAAGGACAGGAAUAAUGAAGAGACACAUGUGUUAGUUGCAGCCUUUUAACCACCAAAGAAGGAAAUCAACGUUGCAGACAGGACUGGAACUGUUGCCACAUGUGUUGGAGUCAAUGAGGAAUGGGCUCGUGAUUAUGCUGACAUUCCAGCAUGAAUCUGGUAGACCUGUGGUUGACCCGUUCCCUCUCCAUGUGUCUCCUCCUACAAAGUUUUGUUCUUAUGAUACUGUGCUUUCAUUCUGCCAGUAUGUGUCCCAAGGGCUGUCUUUGUUCUUCCUCUGGGGGUUUAAAUGUCACUUGUAGCAAUGCAAAUCUCAAGGAAAUACCUAGAGAUCUUCCUCCUGAAACGGUGUUAUUGUAUCUGGACUCCAAUCAGAUCACAUCUAUCCCCAAUGAGAUUUUUAAGGACCUCCAUCAACUGAAAGUUCUCAACCUGUCCAAAAAUGGCAUUGAGUUUAUUGAUGAGCAUGCUUUUAAAGGAGUAGCUGAAACCCUGCAGACUUUGGACUUGUCAGACAAUCGGAUUCAAAGCGUGCACAAAAAUGCCUUCAAUAACUUGAAGGCCAGGGCCAGAAUUGCCAACAACCCCUGGCACUGUGACUGCACUCUACAGCAAGUUCUAAGGAGCAUGGCGUCCAAUCACGAGACAGCCCACAAUGUGAUCUGUAAAACCUCUGUGUUGGAUGAACAUGCCGGGAGACCAUUCCUCAAUGCUGCCAACGAUGCUGACCUUUGUAACCUCCCUAAAAAGACAACUGAUUAUGCCAUGCUGGUCACCAUGUUCGGCUGGUUCACCAUGGUGAUUUCAUAUGUGGUAUAUUAUGUGAGGCAAAAUCAAGAGGAUGCCCGGAGACACCUCGAAUACUUGAAAUCCCUGCCAAGCAGGCAAAAGAAAGCAGAUGAACCUGAUGACAUUAGCACUGUGGUAUAGUGUCCAAACUGAGUGGCAAUGAGAAGGAGAGUAGUUUGUGAUUGAAGUAGAAUAAGUGAUUUUCUUCUCCCAUCUAUUGUAAACCUUUCAAACUUUGUAUUUCAGUUUCUUUUGAAUUAUGCCACUGUUGAACUUUUGACAAACACUACAACAUACUAGAUAAUUUUAGUUUAGGUGAUCCACCCCCUUAAAUUGUACCCCUGGUGGUAUAUUCCUGAGUAAGCUACUAUCUGAACAUUAGUUAGCUCCAUCUCACUAUUUAAUAAUGAAAUUUAUUUUUUUAAUUUAAAACCAAAUAAAAGUUUAACUUUGAACCAUGGAAAA